AUGUCGCCCACCAUGAGGAUACCGAUCGGAGGACAGCCAAACAGCCUGUCCGAGCUACUGGCCGACCUGGAGCGACGCCACGUCACCCGCCGGACAAAGCGGCAGGCCGAGGAGGAGGAAAAGGAGGAGGAAGAGGAGGGCAAGGAAAAGGAGGGCGAGGAAAAAGAGGAGGAAAAGGGGUCGGAAGUGGGUGGCGAGGCCCAAGAAGGCGACAAGCAAAGCGAAGCAGGAGGGUCGUCCUCCUCUAGCAGCUCUUCUUCGUCGUCCUCGUCGUCUUCAUCGUCAAAAAAGUCUGGGCCCGAAUCACCAUCAAGCGCCGCCCCUGACGCGCCAGCGCUAACGCGCCUGCUGGGCCCCUCGACCACAUGGACCAUGAUAGUAGGCCCGCCCACGGGGACGCCCUCGACCAUGGUGGUCUACACGACAGUCUACAUCAGCCAAACGCCAAGCGGCCCAACACCCACCGCCUCGUCAAGUCCCGCCGCGACGCCACCGCCCCAGCUAGACGUCGUAGCGCCGCCUGACAUGUCGGCAACUCCGUCGCCGGAAACCCCUGCUGCCCCGACGCCUUCCGAUAGUCUUCUUGUCCCUGUCGGCGAUCCCGCCGCACCAGUUCCGCCAGCCAUAUCUAGCAUUGCCGACACACUCGUUCCGCUGCCGGCAAACCAGGCCGAGGUUGGUGCCAACCCGUCCCCAGAAGCCGUCACGGCAGGCGGCAACGCGGUGGCGUCAGGCGGCGUGCUAGGCGGAUCUAUCGCCAAAUGCCCUAUCGAGCUGCAUCUUGCUCCUUCCCGGCAGUCUUGGGACAGUGUUUCGGCGGACCUUCCCGAUUACGCCUGCCGUCUCUCAACCUCGCCUCACUCCUUCCUCGAGCGCAGAGCAAAAGUAAUAGCAAAGGAGAGAGAAAAAAAGGAUUCGUUGCAACACACGUCCAUGUACUCCCCGAUGCAGCUCGACCCCACAAACAGCCUUAACAGCAGCCAUCGCCAUCCGUCCGAGCCGUCAGCUCCCACCACGGCGAACCACGAGCACCGCGCCAUGGUAGGCGACACGAGCAUCCGCGGCGGCUGGGACCAGUACCCACGCCGCAAGGACCGGCACGCCAAGGUCGAGGACGGCCACACCACCACCAACAGUAGCAGCAGCAACAGCGACGACGACAACGAUGACGCGGACCUGUACAUGGCAGAGCGGCUGAGCCAGCAAGCGGACACCGGCCAGCCCCGCGGCGGCGGCAACAGCGGCCCUGCAGGAUACAACAGACCCCCUAAGGACGCGAGGGACGGCUCCGGCAGGGCGUCUUCGUCGUCGGCCGCGGCCGCGGACCGUCACGUCCACUUCCGCCCCAGCCCCGUCGCCACCCCGGCCGACCGCGACCGCCGCCGCCCAACGGCAGCACCGUCGUCGUCGUCGUCGCGCAGGAGAAGGAGCAGCGGCCGCAGGGAGAAGAGCGGCUACGCGUCGGGCAGCGAGUCGGAGCUGUCGGGCACGUCGGGCACCGUCCGGCCGCCGUCGCGGUCCGCGCCAUCCGGGACGGCCGGUCGUGGGCAGCGCAGGUCGCAGUCGCAGUCGCAGCCCGCCUCCGCCGCGGACGCUGCAGCACAGCUGGAGCAACAGCAACUGCAACAUCAACAGCUGCACCAGCAACAGCUACAACAGCAACAGCCCACCACGACAUACACACUCAUGCCAGGCACCAACCAGUACGUGGCCGUGCAGUACCCUUACGACCCCAUGCUUGCCGCCGGCCCGGCCCAGAUCCUGGCCGUCCAGAUGCAGGCCCAGCAGCAGCAGCAGGCGGCGCUGCAGAUGCAGAUGAUGCAGCAGAUGCCGGGCAUGGGCAUGAUGGGCCCCGCCGCCCCCGGCUACUAUUACUACCCACAGCAACAAGUCCCGGGGAUGCAGCUCCCCGGCGCGAUGCCGAUGCAGAUGCCGAUGCAGAUGUCGGUGCAGCAGCAGCAGGACCAGCAGCAGCAGUUCGCCGCCACCGUCCUGCAGCAGGGCGCCCCGCCCGGCCAGUACCCCGGCCCCCAUCCGGCCUUCCAGCCGCCAGGGCCCUUUAACAACGGCUACAUGUGA